AUGUCAACCCUAGAAAGACUGCUGGCAGAGCACGACAAUUUAAUGAAAAGCAGGAAGUACAAGUUCUAUGCAAUUCCGCUUGAUAAGAAGCCGAGGGGAUAUGCUGCAAGGUGGGAAUGCGGAAUACCCGGGCCCAGUGAUCCGUUGUAUAGCGGCUCAUACUAUACCCUGCAUAUAGACUUUCCGAAUGAUUAUCCAUUCAGUCCACCCCAAGCAGCAUUCAAGCACGAGGUGUAUCAUCCAAACGUAUACUCUACAAACCAAGUUUGCUUAGACAUCAUUGGAGACAGAUGGAAGCCCAGUAUGAAUGUGAUGAAUGUCCUCUGUGGGAUACAGCAGCUGCUCGAGAUGCCCAACACUCGGAGCCCUGCAAAUAUCGAUGCAAGUAAAUGUUUCAGAACAGAUCCUGAGAAGUAUGCAGGCAAUGUAAGAGAAAACAUCAUGAAGUAUCACAAAAGACCCGAAUGGAAAGGACUGUAA